CUCUCGCUGACAGUAAGGUAGGUUGUGCCGCGGAGGACCGUUAACACCGACAGGAGAACCGACGCUUUUCUCCGGUACCGCGGCUCGUCAUCAGCUCCUCACCCGGGUCACGGUGCUCGCUCGUCCCGGUUCUUUUCCUCCACAUCCAGACAUGUUGCACCUCCGGUCCACGGUGGUGCUCAACGAGCUGUUCCAGACGCUCGCAGGCGGGGUGAGAGCGGCACCUGCAGCCGCCGCCUGCCUCGGCAGCACCGGCGCUCCGGGAGGGAGGUCGCCGGGCGGAGGGAGGUCGUUCGCCGGGUGGAGGGCUCCGCAGCACCUUGCCAGGAAGCAGCACGGCGUCCGGGGCUUCUGCUCCAAGGGCGACGGCCACAAUGAAGCCGCCAAAGAGUCGUCAACGGAGAAGAGAAGGAAAGCAGGCAUCCUGCCCAGUCUGGAGGACCUGCUGUUCUACACCAUCGCUGAGGGCCAAGAGAAAAUCCCUGCACACAAAUUCACCACAGCUCUUAAAGCCACAGGGCUUCGCACAGGAGACCCCCGGCUGAAAGAAUGUAUGGAGAUGCUGAAGGUGACCUUGAAGCAAACGUCUGACGGAGCGCUCGACAGACACCUCUUCAAAAAAUGUGUCCAGAGCAACAUUGUGCUGCUCACCCAGGCCUUCAGGAAGAAGUUUGUCAUCCCAGACUUCCAGCCCUUCUGUGCACACAUCGACGAGCUGUAUGAAAACGCCAAAAAAAUGCCUGGAGGGCAAGUGGCGGACUACAUUCCCCAGCUGGCCCGCUUUAGUCCCGACCUGUGGGCCGCCGCCCUCUGCACCGUCGACGGACAGAGGCACACCGUCGGCGACACCAAGGUUCCAUUCUGUCUGCAGUCCUGCGUCAAGCCGCUGAAAUACGCUAUUGCCGUUCACGACCACGGCACCGAGUACGUUCACCGCUUCAUCGGCAAAGAGCCCAGCGGUCUGCGAUUCAACAAGCUCUUCCUGAACGAGGAGGGUGAGGACUCA